CAAAGUGUGGGGGUCUGUUUUUUCGUCUGUAAUCAAUAUCCCAAGUACCCAAAAGGAUCACGAAAUAUCUGUGACCCUUUGAUUCUGUCAUUCAUUUCAAUAUUCUUUUCUUAUUCUUCAUUCUCUGCAAUUGUUCCUAUAUAUUUAUGUGUAUGAAUAUUUAACUUAUUUCGAGCCAGAGGCCCCCCCAAAACCCACAGCAUUGUUUUUUCACAUAGGUUCGUACCUCUGUACAAUUUGUCAGAGAGACGUUUUUUUUUCCCCCUUUUCUCUCCCUCUGUUUGUUGGUUAAAAGCAGUCUUUUUGCUGACUUUCUUCAAAGUUCUGUAGUGGGGAUAGUUCUGGGCUGAGAGAUUUGAAAAUGGCUUCUUCUUCUUCUUCAGCGUCAAUGGGGGAUGAGAAACCUCAUGUUUUAGCAGUUGAUGACAGUUUGGUGGACCGAAAACUCAUUGAAAAGCUACUCAACAAGUCUUCGUGUAAAGUGACUACGGCAGAGAAUGGGAAAAAGGCACUGGAGUUGUUGGGCCUGGGUGAUGGGCAGCGCACAUUCAAUAGCAAUGCUUGUAAGGUGAACUUAAUAAUCACUGAUUAUUGUAUGCCAGGAAUGACAGGGUAUGAGCUACUUAAAAAAAUUAAGGAGUCACCUUCCAUGAAGCAUAUACCAGUGGUGGUAGUGUCAUCCGAGAAUGUCCCUACACGAAUUAAGAAGUGCCUGGAUGAAGGAGCUCAAGAAUUCAUGCUGAAGCCUCUCCAGCUAUCCGAUGUUAAGAAGUUAAGAUGUCAGUUAACAAAGUUCAGCAAUCCUACAAAGGGAUGCUUUGCAUUGGAAGAUGAGCACGACCUCCCUUAUGAGAAGAGUAGAAGAAUAUGAAAGAAAAAGAAAAGGAACUGCAGGAAAAAGGAAAUUGCAACUAUCAAUACAUCAAGCCCUCUAGAAAGCUAAUAUUAGUUUAGUUUAUCAUUCAGUUGCAGGUCUGAUGUCCGUUGCUCUAUAUAUAGAAGUACCUUCUAUUGCUUUUGCUCUUUC